GAAUGGUAGAAAGUAGAAACGGCAAGGUCUUCGAUUAGAGAAGCAAGCCGUCUCUUUCUCUCCCCCAUCAUCGUGAUACACACCCCUUUCCUUAUUUUCUCUCUCCCCACUUUCUCUCCCACAAAAUAACUUUCCUAUUACCUUUCAAGCACUGAGUUGAAUACACACACGCACCCAUAAACCAAAACACUAACCUCUUAUUUAUUUACACAUACAUAUAUCCAUAUGAAUGAGCAUAAGCAACAAGGUCAGGCUUUUCUUGGAGGACUUGUUUCGCAUCAUCUUAGCUAUUUCUACUGUUGUUGUUGGUUUCAUGAGCAGCAACAGCAGAGUUUGCAGCGAUGAAAGACCGUAGGAAACGAGAUGUUGUUUCAUGGAACAGGUUCUUUUGGUGCACUCUUUUUCUUGUCUUCUCUUGUGUUCUCUUCUCUGGCUUCACUUUCUCCACUUUUCGCUUCUUCUUCUUCUUUGGAGAAAAGUUUCACCCGGAAAUUGUCUCAACAUGGCGGACGCCGGCGAUGGAGGCACUUUCCGGCGAUUCUUCUGCGGUCCCGGCACCAUCAAUUCGUGAAACAGUUAUACUUCCAGACCAGGUUCUAGUUUUCCUAAAAUACCCUCCAUCGUCUCGGUUAUUUACAAAAGAGGACCUCCUAUGCGUUUAUCUCUCGGCUAAUAAAUCAUCAUCCCAGUCGCAGCGCAGGCUGCCCCCAAAUCACAUAGACGGUAAGGAUGUCGAUGACCAGAUCGUACGGUGUCCACUCAUUCCACGUGGCUACACUGUUUCGCUAGCUUUGAAAUCUGGCGGCUAUAUCCAUCCGGGACCCACUCACAAGUGGGACUCGCUUGUCUAUGAAGCCUUGAUAGACCGUGAUAAUACUACAGUUGUUUUUGUCAAGGGGCUUAAUCUACGGCCGGAGAAACUUUCUAACGCUUCAAGGUUUGAGUGUGUGUACGGCUGGGAUUUUAGGAGACCCAAGUUUUUGCUACGAUCCCAAGUCAUAUCAAUGGCUCAAGAGAUCGUACGGUGCAAAACCCCUUUGAGUGUCUUGGGUGCCCCACAAAUGGUCAACAGCUCCAUCAAGGCAUCCAUUAGAGUGAAGGGUAGAGGAACAUUACACUCCAUAGCCCGCCCAGGGCUCCGGUCGAAGCCCCAACCUGGUCCACCGGAACGAAAACCACAUGAAAUGUGCAUAUGCACCAUGCUACGCAAUCAAGCUAGGUUCUUAAGAGAAUGGGUCAUGUACCAUGCCCAAGUUGGAGUACAGAGUUGGUACAUUUACGACAACAACAGUGAUGAUGACAUUGAAGAUGUUAUGGAGUCACUAGUCCAGGCGGGUUUUAACAUUUCUAGGCAUGUUUGGCCAUGGAUCAAGACCCAGGAAGCAGGGUUCGCACACUGCGCGCUAAGGGCACGAGAGUCGUGCGAGUGGGUUGGCUUCAUAGAUGUAGAUGAGUUUUUUUACUCUCCUCUGGGGUUAAGUUUGCAUGAUGUGAUUAGCAAUCAAUCGGGGUCUGGAAAUAACGUUGCUGAGAUACGUACUUCGUGCUACAGUUUUGGGCCGUCGGGGCUCAAGCAUCUUCCGCCACAAGGAGUGAUGGUAGGGUAUACGUGCCGACUCGGAGCACCGGAGAGACACAAGAGUAUAGUGAAACCUGAAGCAUUGAAUUCCACACUGAUCAACGUGGUGCACCAUUUUCAUUUAAGCGAGGGUUUUAGGUAUGUAAAUGCUGACAGGGGAGUUUUGGCUAUUAACCACUACAAGUAUCAAGUGUGGGAGGUGUUCAAGGAGAAGUUCUACAGGAGGGUAGCUACUUAUGUGGCUGAUUGGCAGAAUGAGCAAAAUGUUGGGUCCAAGGACCGAGCCCCGGGCUUGGGGACCAGAGCUGUUGAGCCACCAGAUUGGUCAAGUAGGUUUUGUGAAGUGACAGACACUGGGCUCAGGAACCUGGUAUUGCAGAAGUUUAUGGACCCAUUAACCAACCAUUUGCCAUGGGAGGAGCUAGGAAGAGAUUGCGGAAUACAAAGACUCGUCUUGGACACACACGUGAAAGACUCCAAAAUGGUGAGUGAAGAACAAAAGGAGAGUCCUAGAGUCCGGAUGCAAUCAAACCCAGUUGACAAUAGCCAAAAUAUGGAGAAUCUUUUCAGUCCCAGAUUCAAAUCCGUGGCUGCCAUGGCUGGUUGGGACGAAGAAUCUAUCCUUUUCGCAAGCCUUAUUGUUGAAGACACGCCAGAAAGACAGUUCAAACAUAAGAAACGCUCCGAUUUGCACUUCAAGACUCCACCUUCAACCAAUACAAGAAGGAAGCGGAGGGAUCAGAAGAAGAGUCCGAUUUCAAUUCCUGUACCUAUUCUAAAUCUUGACGAAGAGGAGGAACUUGUAAUGAAAGAAAGUGAGAAAAAGAAGACGGAGCCGAGAAUUGCUGUAGAUGAAGAAAAUAAAUUAGGAGGAGACAAAUUAGCUAAAGACAACCCUGAUGCUUCUUGCUCAAACUCAGCUCUUCCUUGCAUGGAUAAACUUAGAGAAGAGCUUUCUUGUGCUAUUUGUUUGGAGAUCUGCUUUGAACCGAGUACCACUUCUUGUGGACACAGUUUCUGUAAGAAAUGUUUGCGAUCUGCUGCUGAUAAAUGUGGGAAGAAAUGCCCAAAGUGCAGGCAACUGAUAGGCAAUAGCAGAUCCUGUACGGUGAAUACAGUUCUUUGGAACACAAUACAGCUUCUGUUUCCUCAAGAAGUUGAAGCAAAGAAGGCAUCGGGCAAGAAAAACCAGAAAGAGCAUCAAAGCUCAGAAAGAAAAACCAAUAAUGAUUUAAUAAGCCGAAACGUUCGGCCUUCAAGAGUGUCAUACAGAGACACAAGCGUUCAGCCUUCUAGGGUGCCAAACAGGGGAGCGAUUACCAAUAGAGGCAUGUUGCGCCAAGAUGACCCUUCUACUAGAGUGUCAAACAGAGAUGCAAGUACGAGUAGAGAUAUGUGGAACCAAGACGAGGAGGAUACUCCAUUGGUGCAAAGAUUGCGAAGAAGAGAAGCUCUUGAGCGGCUAAUAUUAAGCAGAGAAGCAAGUGGGAGGAGAAGAAGAGGAAUACCAAGCCAAGAUGAGGAUACUGCAUUAGCUCUAAGGCUGCAGAGAGAAGAGUUUAUGGAAGCUUUUGGGGGAACUCAAGAGCAAUCAGGAAUCUCUCUUUCAUCAGCUAGAGCAAACUUGAGAGUCAUGGCAUCUAGAGCCGCCAUUAGCAUUCAUUCUAGAGGCCGGCCUAUAUAGUUCUUGAAUGUAGUUCCUCGACAUUUUGAUGUUUGGUUUGUACCACCAAAUCCUUGAUAUUUUGAAUGUAGUUCCUUGACAUUUUCAUGUACUCCGACUCAUGGUGGCAAUUGUUCCACACCUAACUGCUCUCCUCAUCUGUUUGCCAUAAUAAGCCGCCAUUAGCAUUCAUUCUAGAGGCCGGCCUAUAUAGUAGAGCCGCCAUUAGCAUUCAUUCUAGAGGCUGGCCUAUAGUUCUUGAAUGUAGUUCCUUGACAUUUUGAUGUUUGGUUUGUACCACCAAAUCCUUGAUAUUUUGAAUGUAGUUCCUUGACAUUUUGAUGUACUCCAACUCACUACUGGUGGCAAUUGUUCCACACCUAACUGCUCUCCUCAUCUGUUUGCCUUGCUGUUACUCUUGCAUCUGUGCCUUUUGAUGUCCUUUGUGCAUGUAAAAUAAAGGGGGAUGUUGAAUCUGCAAGAUUCAUGGGACUGUGAACUCCCUGUUCCUUUGUUGGUGUCAACACUGUUUUGUUAUUCAUGAUUUUAAUGGAACAUUUGAUAGAUA